GUGGAGCCGAAUCCUCAUAAAGGGAGGGAGAGUUGUCCCGGGCUCAGCACGAGCUGCAGGGCCAUGGUCAAGAUGAGAGGAAUCCUGAUCUUGGGGCUCUUGUUGGCUACUCCCAGCUGCCUUGGCUACAAUGAGGACUUGGUCAAGUGCUUCCAGGACCCCGAAUACGAGUCUAUCCUGGUCACAGCCCAGGAGGGCCUCCACACCUCCCCGCUGCCCAAGCGUGUGGUGGUAGUGGGAGCUGGCAUGUCAGGGCUAACGGCAGCCAAGGCCCUGCAGGACUCGGGCCACCAGGUAACCAUCCUGGAAGCCAGCGACCAUGUCGGGGGUCGAGUGUUCACAUUCAGGAAUGAGGAAGAGGGCUGGUACUGUGAACUGGGGCCCAUGCGAAUCCCAAAGUCCCACAGGUUGGUCCACACCUAUGUCAGGAAGCUGGGCCUGAAGCUAAACAAGUUCUUCCAGUACGAUGGCAACACCUGGUACCUCAUCAACAGAAAACGCUAUCGUACUAAGGAGGUGAAGGCCAACCCAGAGCUCCUAGGCUAUUCCAUGAACCCGAGAGAAAAGGGCAAGAAUGCUAUGAAUCUCUUCUACCAGUCCAUUGCCAAGCUCAGAAUAAGUCUGAAAAAAUUCAACUGCAGCCACCUGAUGUCCUUUUAUGAUUCUUACUCCACCAAGGCUUACCUGCUGAAGAAAGGGCUGCUGAGCCGAGGCGCAGUAAGGAUGAUCGGGGAUGUGAUGAAUGAGGACGCUGGAUACUAUAAGUCCCUCCUGGAGGCCCUUCGGACGGACAUGGUCUUCACAAGUAAUGACUUUUCCGAGAUCACUGGAGGCUUUGACCAGCUCCCCAAAGCUCUCAACGCCAGCUUGAAGCCUGGCACCAUCCUUCUGGGCUCCAAGGUAGAGACGGUAGUGAGGGAUGGGCCUGAGGUCCGGAUUUCCUACCGGGUGGGUGAAUCCAACUCGACGCUGCCCACCCUCACCGCGGACUUUGUCAUCAUCUCCGCCUCGGCCAAGGCCACGAGACUCAUCACCUUUGAGCCCCCGCUCUCCCGGGACAAGAUGGAUGCGCUCCGCUCCGUGCAUUAUACCAGUGCCAGCAAGGUAGUUCUGGCCUGCAACGAGUCCUUCUGGGAGCGGGAUGGCAUCCGGGGUGGAGUUUCCAUCACCGACCGGCCCUCGCGUUACAUCUACUACCCCAGCCAUAGCCUCCCCAGCGGCAAGGGGGUCCUGCUGGCCUCCUACACCGUGGACGACGACUCCCUCUUCUUCAUACCCAUGAAGAACGACCAGGUGGUGGAUAUCGUCCUGGAGGACCUGGCGGCUGUGCACCAGAUCCCCAAGGAGGAGCUGCGGCGCAUGUGCCCCUCUUCUGUGAUCAAGCACUGGUCUCUGGACCCCCUCAUCAUGGGCGCCUUCACUGAGUUCACACCCUACCAAUUUGUGGACUAUUCGCAGCAGCUUUUCCAGCCGGAGGGCCGCAUCCACUUUGCUGGCGAGCACACCUGCCUGCCCCACGCCUGGAUAGACACUGCCAUCAAGUCUGGCCUCCGAGCAGCCAGGAACAUCCAGGCUGCCGUGGACAAAGAGGCCACGGGGAGACAGAAGACCUUCACCAACACUCAGAAUCAUUUCUAACCCGAAGAGAAAUCCCGGAGGGGAUCUGGAACGAAUCAGGCUGCAAGGUGGGAGUUGGAGGCAGAGACCCUGGAGAGACGUGCCAUUAGUCCCCCUGCCCACAAAGAGCCCGAAAAUACCAGAGAACCCAGCUGGCAAGUUCACCCCCUUUCUGGCUUCUCACUCCUGCCAGCCCUUGAGAAGGAUCAGCAGAGUCAGGGUAUUUGGAGGGAUAAGGAAAAAAACAAGGAUGGACUGUGCUAGAAUCAGCCUUUAGCUUGCAUAAUAGUAACAAGCAGAAAAGAAAGUUUUCAACAACACCCAAAUUUCUGUCAUCUACAACGAGAAGCCCCUAAAGGAACAGACAAACCCAAAUCAGAGCAAUGUUAACCCACAGAUUGGCCACAUGAACCCACAGCACAGCAAACCCCAUCAUUGCGUGCUUGAGCCAGGGGCCUCACAUCUUGGCCCAGCUGAAGUCGAGGCGGAUGGGAGAGAGGAGUUCUUUUCUGCCCUUUUUUGAGCCUGCAAGAGCAGGACUUGACUUCCUAGAUAUCUCCUGGCCCAUGGACUUUUCCUCUCUACCCUGAUCUCUUCAUCACCAACCAGAACUCACCGCCCUGCCCCUGCCUGUCCAGUCCACACAUCCCCCUGGGAGGACACCAAGCUCAUUCUACAUGCUCCCUACCCACUCUGUUCCGCACUAACACCUGCCCUGUCCUUGCACGCCCAACUGAAAUUAUUGCCUCUCCCCAAAUCCUUCCUUAAUGGCCACACUCAGACCCCAGGGGUCUCUUUCCUUUGAACCACAACCCUUCUUACCUAGAGUCCCAAACAUUUGAACUGUGGGUCUUCUUGUGCUGUUAUAUGUUAUUUAUCCAAGUAGACAAAAGGAAGAAGUAAAUAAAGCAGUAAACCCUCUCGCUGUAGAACAUUCCACCAGGAAGACUCUGGAGACCAGCAUGAUGAAACAUGUAGUGUUAUAUCCUGAGACUGGCAUAUUUAUAGGAGGAAGGGAUAAAAAGAGAAAACAUUUUCUUACUGCAUUUGGUUUAUUGUUAAAAGCCCAGCCUACUUAAUUUUGGUUUUCUUUGCACCCCUAUGUUAGUCAGGACUUUUUCCAUUUCAGGUGCUGGAAAUCAAACUCAAACUACCAUUAAGGGAAAAGGAAAUGCUUUGGCUCACAUAUCUGAAAAGUCCAGGGUGAAGCGCACUUCACUCAGACUGAUUGGGUUCAGGAAUUGAUAAGGCAUCAUUAGAGUUCUCUCUCUUUCUACCUCUUGACACUGUUUUCCUAAAUUAGCUUCUGUAUUGAGUUGAAUUAUGUCCCCAAAAGUUCAUAUCCAUCCAAAACCUGUGAAGGUGACCUUAUUUGGAAAUAGAGUCUUUGCAGAUGUAAUCAAGUUAAGAUGAGAUCAUAUUGGAUUAGGGUGCGCCAGGAGGAGGCAUGGAACAGACUCUCCCUCAGAGCCCCCAGAAGGAGUCAAAUCUGCUGACACUUUGAUUUUUGAACUUCUAGCCUCUGGUAACUGUGAGAAAAUAAAUUUCUGCUCUUUUAAGCCAUCGAA